GUCCCAACAUCUUUCCCGCCACCAUUUCCAUCCUCACAUUAAGAUUCAUCCUCUCCACCCAACAUCCAUCAUCUCAUCACCAAUCUACUACUCUCCUUCCAUCUCCAAUUUUCCCUGAAACCAAACAGAGACCCUCUCCCCAACCAGGCAGCAACCAAUCGAACAACGAUGGCGGCAAGUUCAGCAGCUCUGUUCCUGACCCCAACCAUCCAAACCUCACACCAGAGCCUCUCCCCUUCCACCAUCUCCUUCCAGGGCCUCCGCCCUCUCCGUCUACCUUCCACCAUCGCCAGAACAACCUCCCUCCCAAGCCUCACCAGCUCGCGACGGAGCGUGACCGUGAAAGCGGAGCUGAACCCGUCUCUGGUGAUAAGCCUGAGCACAGGGCUGUCUCUGUUUUUGGGCAGGUUCGUGUUCUUCAACUUCCAGAGGGAGAACGUGGCCAAACAGGGGCUGCCGGUGCAGAACGGGCAAACCCACUUCGAGGCCGGCGAUGUUCGUGCCAAGGAGUACGUUAGCCUCCUGAAAUCGAACGAUCCGGUGGGUUUUAACAUCGUGGAUGUUCUUGCUUGGGGCUCCAUCGGCCAUAUUGUGGCUUACUACAUCUUGGCCACCACUAGCAACGGCUAUGACCCUAAGUUCUUUUAAGAGUUGUGUUUGUAUGUGCUAAGUGUAAUUAAUUACUAUAUAUGUUUCAAUUUGACUUGCUGUUAUUCUCUUGGUUCCCACUCUCCACUUCUUGACCUUCUUAUUUGGUGGUGUUGUUUAUGUGAAAGAAAGUUUGUAGCUUUGGCUUGAUGGAUUAGAGAUGAUCAUUUCUAAUAUUCUUCCCACAAAUCGAGAUUAUUAGAAUGAAACGUUUUCCUACAUCGUAUUAGAGCUUUGAUAAAUUUGGCAUUGCCAAUUCAAUGUUAUAUCGGAAUAAUAUGAUUUUGACAUAGUUUCUGACAUUAUAUUGAAAAUUGACUCUGAAAUAAUAAGAUGCUAUUAGG